AUGAGAAGGGGCGAGGAGAAGAGACGAGGAGAAGGGGGGGAAGAAGAAGGGCGAGGAGAAGAGACAAGAAGAAGGGACGAGGAGAAGAGACGAGGAGAAGGGCGAGGAGAAGAGACGAGGAGAAGGAAUGAGGAGAAGAGACGAGGAGAAGGGAUGAGGAGAAGGGACGAGGAGAAGAGGCGAGGAGAAGGGCGAGGAGAAGAGGUGAGGAGAAGGGCGAGGAGAAGAGACAAGAAGAAGGGACGAGGAGAAUGGACGAGGAGAAGGGGCGAGGAGAAGAGGAGAAGAGACGAGGAGAAGGGACGAGGAGAAGAGGCGAGGAGAAGGGCGAGGAGAAGGGCGAGGAGAAGAGACGAGGAGAAGGGACGAGGAGAAGGGGCGAGGAGAAGGGAUGAGGGGAAGGGGCGAGGAGAAGGGACGAGGAGAAGAGACGAGGAGAAGGGACGAGGAGAAGGGACGAGGAGAAGGGACGAGGAGAAAUGA